GUUUUCUUGAAUGAAUCACGUUGUUUUCUCUGGACUAUUUUUCUAAACAUCAUCCGCUGUUCUGUUCCUAUAAAUUGCGAUUCUAUUAUCGUUGAUGCGAGCUGACGAUUGAUUUUUCCAAUAUCAAUCCGAGUGAAAAUUGCCGAGUGUACUUUUGGUGACAAUAAAAAGUUCCAACCGAAUUGUUGUAUGAGUCAAAAAACAGAAAAGCCAGUUCUAUCAGGUCAGAGAAUCAAGACCAGAAAACGAGAUGAAAAAGAGAAAUAUGAUCCCGCCGGCUUCCGAGAUUUCAUCGUUGUUGGACUCAACGCUGCUGGACCUGACGUAGAUGCCAUAUGGAAAUUUUUAGAUUCUGCCGGCUCCAAAGUAGACUAUCGUCGAUACGGCGAAGCACUUUUUGAUAUUUUAAUCGCGGGCGGAUUACUCGUGCCUGGCGGUUCGAUCGCGCAGGAUGGCGAUAAAUUGUGCAAAACCAAUUCGUGUAUUUUCGAAGCGCCCGACGACAUGACGUCGAUGAAGAAUUUUGAACAGGUGUUCGUCAAACUGAUGAGACGCUACAAAUAUCUGGAAAAAAUGUUCUUCGAGGAGAUGAAAAAAGUUUUGAUAUUCAUCAAAGGAUUUAACGAAGCCGAACGGACGAAAUUAGCUCGCAUGACUGCGCUCUGGAUCGCAAAUAAUUCAGUUCAACCGCAAGUGCUUACGGUUCUAAACAACGAACAUUUGGUGAAAGACGGUUUAGCGUUGGAGUUUUUGAUCGAAGUUUUUGUGACGUGGAAACAAGAGAAAGGAUUGUCCAGUUUGAUGACGGCCUUGAAAAAAAGUGGCUUGGAAAAGAGUUUGAUGGAAUUCGUGCCACCCAAUAAACGUACCGAAGAUUAUUUCAAAUCGGUUUUCGAGGAAAAGGGAUUGAACGAUAUAGUUAAAUUGCAUCUGGCACAGGAAAGUCAAGGCGCCAAACGAAGUUUAGAACGUCACUUGAGCGCGAAAUUAGCGGAAGAGUAUCCUGUCAAAGAAAUCAUCGGCGAAGUGCAGAAAAUGGCCGCUAAAGCGAGCAUUCCGGAGCACGAAGUCGCCAUAUUGGUUUGGUCCGUGGUCAUGUCUCACGCCGAAUGGAAUAAGAAGGAAGAACUAUUGACUGAACAAGCUCUGAAGCAUUUAAAGCAGUACACCAUGUUGUUGGCGGCUUUUACCACCACCGCACGUUCGGAACUAGCUCUCAUGCUCAAAGUUCAAGAAUAUUGUUACGAAAACAUGAAUUUCAUGAAAGUCUUCCAGAAAAUUAUCUUAUUAUUCUAUAAAACCGAUAUUAUAUCCGAAGAGGUCAUUUUGAAAUGGUACAAAGAAGCGCAUUCCAGCAAAGGCAAAAUCAUGUUCUUGCAACAAAUGAAAUCUUUCAUAGAAUGGUUGCAAAGCGCCGAAGAAGAGUCUGGUAGCGACGAGGACGAAUAAAUGUGAUGCGGCUCCGAAAUUGAAUCUUGACCCUUCUCCCGCCUCCGCCUUCCCCUUCAUCAAUACAACAUACAAAAUACAUACAGUAUAAUCAAGCGUGGCUCGCGUUCUUCGCGUCCUCAUUACGUUUGGUCGUCAUUUUAAAAGUACCUCUCUAACUUCAAUACGUGUUGCAAUAUUAUACUUGCCUGUUUACCUGUGUAUUUCAUUUCUGAAUUCCUGUUCGUAUAUCUGCGUGCGUUUCGGUUUGCCCGUCGCGUCGUCAUCAUCGCACCACCAUCGCCAUCGCCAUCACACAUCGACAUCGGUGAUACUGUACAUUUGCCGAGAGCCACGAGCCGCGAGCCGCGAGCCGAAAACCGAAACCUAACAACGUGUGCGAAUUUUAUGUAACAAAUCUUAAUUUUAUUUUAGCAUAUUUCGUUUGUAAAAAAUUUUUUAAAGUAACUUUUUAUUGUGAAUUGGAUAUUUUUUUUACAGCAUUUUAUUGUGGUUUGCACUGCAGUCGAUUAAAAUUUAUUUACAUACCUACAUUUAUUUUGAAUAGUACGCGAGUCUAGAUUGAUUUUUAAUUAUUGAUAUCGAACGGUUUUUUUUCUCUCUUCUUUUCUUUUUUUACUCGUAUUUUAUUAGUAAUCGGUGGUAUUUAUAGGCGCUGAGCGGCGCGACUGUACGUGAUACGUCGUAUGUAUUCUUAUUAUUGAUUUGUCGUCUAGUAACAAGUACCUAUAUUCGCAUUGUCGCAUUCGCGUCUGUUGACCGACCGACCGACCGACCGACGACGAAACGUUUCGUUGAACGUUUUCGUGAUCAUACUCGUACUUACAUAUGUAUAUGUGUAUUCGCCGUUCAAGCGCAAUAAAAAUAUUCCUUUGAAAAUUUUUCAAAUUAUUGUAAUUUUCCAAUACAUUUUAUUAAAUAA